UUUCCCCCCAACGCGCUUCCACGCAAAACAUCCAGUGUCAACACGCUGCCCGCCGCAGUCAACACACGUCCAAAGACCCAAACAUGGCCCAGCCAUGGCUCGAUGACCUCUCUGAGGAGUGGGUUCCCCAGCAAACUACCCCGUUGCGCGCCGAAAACGAAGAGCAGGAGCCAUUGGUGCAACACACAACGACCGCGACAGCCACCGCGACACAGUCCUCCCCGUCCGUCCCUUCAAAACCUCGGAGCCGCCUUCCCCGCUUACGACAAUCCUCUGCUUCUUUCUCAGAAAUAAAUGUGCGGAAUGGCGCAAGGAUCGCGCAACCAUCCAGACGCAAAAGCGCACUCGUUGAACGCAGCCUGAGUGACAACAACAUCUCGUCUCCCGACAACUCACAAAUUGUCCAUUCGCGCUACGCGUCGCAGUCUUUCUCAGCCGCAUCGCUUGACUCCGUAAUAUACGACGGCACAGUGGCCCAGAAAGUGUCCCCCAAAAAGGACAAGAUUGCUCAAGAUACUCCGGAGUGGAGGAGACGGUUGCUUCAGGGAGAUAUCGGCUACGGAGCGCAAAAGGAUCUCUUUGGUCCUUCUGGUCUGGAGAAUAUUUUCCACAAACCCAGCGGUCCUGUCUCGGAGGAGAAACAGCCCAAUCGCAAACUUGGACUUCUCAAGAGUCUUGGCGCAAUGCCUUCCAGUCCCCCUCCAUGGCCGCGUACAGAUGCAAGGGAAGGCGAAACAAUUUUGGAAGAACUAGGGAAUCCGCCGUACGGGUCAGAUGCUUUAGAGAAUGAGCGUGAUGAAUCGGCAGUCUCAGAACAAGCCCAGCGCAAUCAAUCGCCAGUGCAAAACUUGGACUCGAGCUCAGUGAGCACGGCACCAAGCAAACUUGGGCAGGUCUCACGUACCGUGAGCGGACAGACCGAAUUCGAAAAUGAGAAUUUCAGUCCGGUAUAUCUAUCUACCAACCUCAAAAUUGGUUCAGCGCCUGGACCCAUACCGAAUUUCCGAGGGUCCGAACUUGCCAACAGGUUACGACAAUUAGGCACGCCACCGCAUACACAUAAGUCCCAGCCUACUAUAGAAGUAAGUUCAGCAAGUCACGGCCGCAGAGACUCUUCUUUUGCGAGAUUCCAAGAUGAUUCGCUCCCUGAAGGUCUACCCGCCGGGACUCCGGAUAUAGUAGAGAUUGGCCGUUUCGUAGAAGUGCGAAGGGGUGGAUAUUCAAGGGAUGGAUCUUUCCUUCGACGGCCACUAAGCCCUUCUCCGCAGAGAUCACCAUCGCAGAGCCCACCGCAGACCGAGACUGCACCUCCGAAAAAACUCACCCCAAGAACGCCGCGUCGAUCCGGACAACCUCAAUCCGAGAGUACAGAACGAAUGAAAAGCUCUGGCAGCCCUCUUAAGUUAUUUGACGCACAUGAUACCUUCACAAGUAACCGCCUGCGAAGACGACUCAGUCAAAUCGAGCUCAAGACGGAAAAGUCUACGUCGAGCACUUCUCAAACAACGAAAACAGAGACAACCAAAGUUGUCCAGAAGCUCUCGGAGCUGACUUCCGUAGAAGAAGCCAGUAUACAGCAAGGAGUCUCAAUAGAAGCUGCGGAACACGCUCCAACCGGCAGGCAAAGAGUGGGUACCUUCGGAGAAGGUGAAUUGAAUAAAUAUCAGUUUUCCGGCGACUUUUCUGCUCUAUCAUCAAACGAGCCAGAGUCCGAGGCUUUGAGCACCCCCAACGAAUCACCUUCGAUAAACGUGGAUCCGCCAGGCAGCCGGCAACCUCUCAAAUUUUACUACGAUGCAUCGCCCAGCUCGAGAGCAACUUCAAGUUCAAAGAGACAGGGUCUAACAAGAGUGACCAAUCCCUUCAGAUCAGUGAGCCAGUAUCAAUCACAUGCUGCAAGGCGCAGCUCUACAGCAGCGGAGCAUGACGUAGCAAAUGAUAGGAUAGUGGCGCAACAUGCGUACGCAGAAGGCAAGCGUGGCCCGACAUCACCUUUCAAAAACCCAACACCCAAACGGCGUAGAACUAUUCAAUCCUUGGGGGGGGAUGAUGACGAAGAAGUCAGCGAAGGUGGAGCAUCGUCGGCGAAGGACUCUCACAGUAUCAAGCAACCACUUAUUGGACGUAAGCGAGAAAAUAGCCAGCAUGAACAGUCUAGCAAUGCCGCAGACCCAGAUGUGUUAGCUCGGCGUCACAUCUUGCGUCCACGGAAUCCGACCCCAAGUCAAAGAAGGCUGGAUAGAAUUCACGACGAGAUAAUUGAAGCCACUGAGGCUUUCAUACACUCGUCGCCCAAGAUGGAAAAGAUCCGGGAGCAUCUAGUUCCCGAAAAGAGCGAUGCUUCCUCCGAGGAAGCUCGUGCGGCUGUCGUUGCCAACGAAGUAGCCGCCUUCAGCGUUAGAAGACACCAAGCCAUGCGGAACGACACAAGGAAGAAGUCUGUUACUACCCAGGAUUUCUUGGAUGAGGCAGUCAAGAUCAUGAACUUUAUCAGAGCCAAAGGAAGGCCAACAAGUGGACUAGGUAGUUUGGAAGAGUCUGAAUCGGAAACACCGCCAACCCAAGAUCCUGACGAAAUCCCUUCAGUUUCUCUUACAUUUGACAGACCACCCAGCCGCGAAGGUCGGUUGUCUGCGUGGAAAGAACCCAACAAGCCUGAGAUGGACUCUACAUUGAUGAACCAUCUUCGCAAAUAUCAAGAGCAGGAUUCGGACGAUGUACUUGGCUCUUCAUUCCGCUCAUUGCGUUUUUCUCGAAUGAGGGGCACGGUACCCACAGAGGAUGAAAGUAUGGUUUUUGAGCAAAACGACAUUCGGAUCACCGAUGAUCCGAAUAGGCACCAUCCUGUAGGCGUCGAUGGACUAGAUUCGCAGCAGAUGACAAACAACACACGACCCGAAACAAGUUCCUCCAUGGGGCAGACUAUUGCCACGAAUGCAUCAAGACGUUCAGAUCACGUAGCCACCUUGGCUCCCGAAGCUGUUGCACAUCUGAUUCCAAAGGAGAUCGCAGGGAUGAGCUUUGACUCUAAGAACAAUUGUUGGGUCCGCCGAAAAAGUGUUUCAAAAGAGCAGCGCCAGGUCGAGGGGCUCAGUGCCACGAACGAGAGCGAGGAUGAUCCAUUUGGCAACAUCCCCGAUCUGUCCGUCGACGAGACCGCCGAGCGCCUUCAGGAUAUAGGUUCGCCUACACGACCACAUGCGACAGCGGAGACGUUCCUAGAGGACACAGAAGACACGGGGAUAAUAAGAGAAGAGGAGCCUGCUCGUCCAACCACUCGAGACGGGAAGGAGAUACCUCUCACGGAAUCCAGCUCUGUGCCUUCGAAGGCUUCUAAUUUCGCCUGGAGCUUCCCGAAGACAGACACAAGAGCCACGUCAUACAGCGAUCAGGCCACCCGUUUUGGCGGCACUCAAAAGACAAACCAGCAACUACCGACAACAUACGCAAUUCCUGAAUCCGAUGAAAACGAAAUAGAGCAUGAGAUCCAGUUCUUUGAAGGACGUGGUUUUACGGAUACGCAAACAAGAAGGAGAGUACGGGAUAUCACGUUCUCUAUUGCAGAACAAAAUGUCACUGGCACAGAAAGACACACGCAGCAGACAGGAGGAAUAUUAAAGCAGCCAUCUCGCCAUUGGAGCACGACCAACCUUCAUCAACAACAAUCAUCGCGGGCAACAGCGUGGAAUCACCAAAGUGCUCAGAGCCUUCCUACCAAACGAAAUGCAAAACGACCAAUCUUUAACGAAGAUGGCGAAGUAUCUAUCCUCGACGAUCUCCCCCCGAGAAACUAUCGAAUGCAGCUUUCUAUGAGUGUUGCUGCACCACCCAUGGCACAGCAAGAUGGCUUCUUGCAUGCGCCGUCCUCACCAAACAAGGCUGACGUUACUUUCAUGCUCAGUGAUUUGCCUGAAUUCACCUUGAACCAAGUUGACGAGUGCGAAGUGCCUGGGAGAGUUGUUAUAAAACACGACGGACACAGGUUCUCCAAAGCUCUUGAAGAUCGAUACGCUCUAGGAACUGCCGAGUUGGUGAAAGCGCUACAAGACGUCGAGCCUGACGAACCUUAUUGGGAAGAUCUCCGCGAGGUUGACCUUCACGACAAGCGUCUUUCCAAUCUGCACCGUUUGGAUGAGUUUUGCCAACGGUUGGAGGAACUCAAUAUCUCGAACAAUGAGAUUGAUCAAGUCAAAGGGAUACCUUGUACUGCGAGGCGAUUACAAGCGCAGAACAACUGUCUAACGACCUUGACAACUUGGUCGACCUUGACGAAUCUUCAAUUUCUUGACAUAUCAAACAACGAUAUUGAUAGCUUAGAUGGACUAAGCAGCCUUAUUCAUCUGCGUACGCUGAGAGCAAAUGAUAACAAGAUUAAAUCUCUGGGUGGCAUUUCCCACCUAGACGGGCUCAUGGAACUCAGCGUGGCAAGGAAUGAGAUUGAUACGGUGGAUUUUACAAAAUCUAACCUUAAAUCGUUGACUGAUCUUGAUCUUCGAGGUAACCGUCUGUAUGAGGUCCGCAACAUCGAUCGUUUGCCACAACUUCAACAUCUCAAUCUUGAUGAUAACCGUAUCGAUGAGUUCCCACACUUUGACAGCUCUGAUGGCCGAUGCAAAACGUUACGAUCUCUCCGACUCUGCGGUAAUGGAACAACCUUGCUAGUCAUUGAUGAUUAUUUUCCAAAGCUCGAAUCGUUGUACGUUGAUCGAAAUUCCUUGACAAGUAUAUGUGGGUUGGAGCAUCUUCGCUAUCUUCGAACAUUCUCCGCGCGAGAGCAAGUUCUGGAGACCGACAUCGACGGGGAAAUAUGCAUCGACAACCUCGUGAGAAAUCUUGAAGUGCGCAACCUCUACCUUUCUUUGAAUCCCACGCGCGGGUUGGAGAUUCCGCAGCAUCUGUUGAAUUUACAGCGGCUCGAACUUUCUUCAAUGGGCCUGACAGAACUACCGAGUGAUUUCGGUCAGCGUACGCCCAAUAUACGUUCGAUCAACCUAAAUUUCAACGCCAUCCAAGACCUUCGGCCACUGUUGAACAUAAAGAGAUUGAGCGAGCUUCUACUCGCUGGCAACAAAUUGGAACGACUGCGGGCGAACGCUAUGGUCUUGGGGAAACUCAAUACCCUGACCAAGCUUGACUGGCGAGACAAUCCUCUCUCUCUACGCUUCUAUCCCUCAGCCUCUGAGAACCGACUUAUGUCUCUCAGACAGAAGCCCUCGGAUGAACAGGUCAACGAUCGCUUCGUCCUUCCUGAUGGAGACGCAGACGCAGACGAACAGUAUCUUCUUCGCUUGGAUGGCGAAACGAGAAUCCGGCGCAGGGUGACGGAGAUGAUGCUGGCUAACCUUUGCGUCAAUCUCCGCGAGCUAGACGGUCUUGCAUUCGACAAAUCGCGCAUCUUGGUCAAAGACGAUGUCUGGAAGCGUCUUCUUGAGCUUGGAGUGAUACAACGCAAGCAGACAGACACCACGAAUGAGAUCACCGAAUCAUGA